UGUGCGGCACGCGCCGGCCGGCUGCCGGGAACGCUGUCACCCGCGCUGCUGCAGCUGGACCCCCGCCGAGCGGCGCGCGCAUCAGGCCGUCUUCACCUCUUGCUUCUUACGUUUUUGUUUUUUUUUUUACGCAUCCUUUUUCUUUUCUGUUUUGUUCUUCAUAAGGCGGGGGCGACGGCAGCGUAAUCUCGGGGCAGGGAGGUGGCGGCCGGAGGAUGCGGCGCGGGGCUGCGCUCGCUACGCCCGCUGCUGCCGCCCGGCUCGGGCCCGAGCGCCGAGCAGGAUCCCAAGUGAUGGUGGUUUACACGGAGGAGGAGCUGAGCCCUGCGAGACUGGUCGGCCUGGCGGAGCGGGUGGCGGCGCCUGCUGGCCGGCGGGCGUGAACGUGGACUCUCAGCAGCGAACCGAGGGGAAGCAUGUCUAAGAAAGGCCGGAGCAAGGGCGAGAAGCCCGAGAUGGAGACGGAUGCGGUGCAGGUGGCCAACGAGGAGCUGCGGGCCAAGCUGACCAGCAUUCAGAUCGAGUUCCAGCAGGAGAAGAGCAAGGUGAGCAAGCUGCGCGAGCGGCUGCAGGAGGCCAAGCUGGAGCGGGAGCAGGAGCAGCGGCGGCACACGGCCUACAUCUCCGCGCUCAGGGCCAAGCUGCACGAGGAGAAGACCAAGGAGCUGCAGGCGCUGCGCGAGAUGCUCAUCCGCCAGCACGAGCAGGAGGCGGCGCGCACGGCCAAGAUCAAGGAGGGCGAGCUGCAGCGGCUGCAGGCCAUGCUGAACGUGCUGCGCGACGGCGCCGCAGACAAGGUCAAGACCGCGCUGCUGGCCGACGCCCGCGAGGAGGCGCGCAAGAGCUUCGACAGCGAGCGCCUGCGGCUGCAGCAGGAGAUCCUCGAGCUGAAGGCGGCGCGCAAGCAGGCGGAGGAGGCGCUCAGCAACUGCAUGCAGGCCGACAAGACCAAGGCGGCCGACCUGCGCGCCGCCUACCAGGAGCACCAGGACGAGGUGCACCGCAUCAAGCGCGAGUGCGAGCGCGACAUCCGCCGGCUGAUGGACGAGAUCAAAGGGAAAGAUCGUGUGAUUCUGGCCUUGGAGAAGGAGCUGGGCGUGCAGACGGGUCAGACCCAGAGGCUGCUGCUUCAGAAGGAGGCUCUGGACGAGCAGCUGGUUCAGGUCAAGGAGGCGGAGCGGUACCACAGCAGCCCAAAGAGGGAGCUCCCGCCGGGCAUCGGGGACAUGGCGGAGCUCAUGGGUGCCCAGGACCAACACAUGGAUGAGCGGGACGUGAGGCGAUUCCAGCUGAAAAUCGCUGAACUCAACUCGGUGAUACGGAAGCUGGAAGACAGGAACACCCUCCUGGCGGACGAGAGGAACGAGCUGCUGAAGCGCUCCCGGGAGACGGAGGCGCAGCUGAAGCCGCUGGUGGAGAAGAACAAGAGGAUGAACAAGAAGCACGAGGGCCUGCUGCAGAGCAUCCAGCGGAUGGAGGAGAAGAUCAAGGCCCUCACGCGGGAGAACGUGGAGAUGAAAGAAAAGCUGUCUGCGCAGGCGUCUCUGAAGCGACACACGUCCUUGAACGACCUCAGCCUGACGAGGGACGAGCAGGAGAUCGAGUUCCUGCGGCUGCAGGUGCUGGAGCAGCAGCACGUCAUCGACGACCUCUCCCUGGAGAGAGAGCGGCUCUUGCGCCCCAAAAGACAUCGCGGGAAAGGCCCGAAGCCACCCAAGAAGCAUGUUGUGGAGACAUUUUUUGGAUUUGACGAGGAGUCCGUGGACUCGGAAACGCUGUCAGAAACGUCCUGUAACACGGACCGGACGGACAGGGCCCCCGCCACGCCCGAGGAGGACCUGGACGAUGCGACCAGCCGCGAGGAGGCGGAGCUGAGGUUCUGCCAGCUGACCAGGGAGUACCAGGCGCUGCAGCGAGCCUACGCCCUCCUGCAGGAGCAGGUCGGGGGCACGCUGGACGCGGAGCGGGAGGCCCGGACUCGGGAGCAGCUGCAGGCCGACCUGCUGAGGUGUCAGGCCAAAAUCGAAGAUUUGGAGAAGUUGUUGGUCGAGAAGGGACAGGACUCCAAGUGGGUGGAAGAGAAGCAGCUGCUCCUGAGGACCAACCAAGAGCUGCUGGACAAGAUCUCCAGGCUGGAGAUGGAGGAGCACCAGCUGAAGAGUGAAAUGCAAGACGCGAAGGACCAGAAUGAGCUGCUCGAGUUCCGAGUGCUCGAGCUCGAAGAGAGAGAGCGGAGGUCGCCAGCAUUUAACCUCCAAAUCGCCACCUUCCCCGAGAACAACAGCAGCGCCCUCCAGCUGUUCUGUCACCAGGAAGGAGUGAAGGAUGUGAAUAUUUCUGAACUUAUGAAGAAAUUAGAUAUCCUUGGCGAUAACGGGAAUUUGAGGAAUGAAGAGCAGGUUGCCAUAAUCCAAGCCGGGACCGUGCUAGCCCUGUGCGAAAAGUGGCUGAAGCAAAUAGAGGUGACUGAGGCGGCCCUGACCCAGAAGAUGCUGGACCUGGAGAAGGAGAAGGCCCUGUUCAGCCGGCAGAAGGGCUACCUGGAGGAGGAGCUGGACUACCGGAAGCAGGCCCUGGACCAGGCCUACCAGAAAAUCCAGGAGCUGGAGGCCACGCUGUACGACGCGCUGCAGCAGGAGCCGGGCCAGAGGGCGGACGAGGCGCUGAGCGCGGGCCAGCGGGAGGCCCUGCAGGCCUCGGUGGAGAAGGUGCGCCGGCAGAUCCUGAGGCAGAGCCGCGAGUUCGACAGCCAGGUGCUGCGGGAGCGCAUGGAGCUGCUGCAGCAGGCCCAGCAGAGAGUGCGGGAGCUGGAGGACAAGCUGGAGCUGCAGAGGCGGCACCUGAAGGAGCUGGAGGAAAAGUUUUUGUUCCUUUUUUUGUUUUUCUCACUAGCAUUCAUUCUGUGGCCUUGAUGACGCCCGUGAGCCAGGAACUCGGGAUGGAAACAGAGCGUAUGGAAUACACUGAGUCCCUGCGGCAACCCCAACCCCGCUCAAACCAAACUCAACAGCCAAACAAGCUGCUCCAAGCCCAGAGCCUGAAACCAGAACUCACAAGCACUUGACUGGGGCGUGAAGGGGAGGCCUUUGGCUUGAAGGUGGGUCCUGGCCCGGCCGAGCCCCAGGCCCUCCGCGGGGGCGAAGGGGAAUUUCUCAAGCUCGGGGCCACAUCUGAGUCCCCACCGCGGCACCUUCCCGAGCCCGAGGGGCAGAGACCCGAAUACCAGGAAACUAAGUGCAAUUAGCGGAAGCUGAGCAAUGGGGUAGCGUCCGCAACUUCUGGGGACCGCCCGCGUCCCCGCACCGUGCGCCUCCCCUGGCCAAGGUGCGCGCGCCCGGCGGGGCGCAGACCGUGUACAUAUGUCUCCGUGAGCUGUGUCCUGUGCAUCCAGGGUGACUUGCAAAUGGCCCCUGUGGCCUGAACCAAAGUCCAGCCCCAGUCCCCAAAACCUCCGGGUCUGUGCGCAGCGGAUUUAGCAGCUGAUGGCCAGAGCGGGGGGCGGGGCUGGAGCCCCGCCCACUCCGGAGGGCGGACCCCAGGGAACUCAGAUGUCCAAGGCGGAAGCCUAAGGUUCCACCGCUGUCAUGGUGUGCCCGGCCAAACUCCCAGAGCAUGACAGUGCCUGGCGCCGUGUGGAGCGGGGACUGAGAGGUGGGCACGGCCCCCACUCGGCCACAUCGGGGCUGUUUUGCAUCUUGGUUUUCAUCGGCAAGAGGCUGCGGAGGAAGAGGUGCUGGGAUGCGGAGUGAUCCUGGAGGGUCUGUGGCCUGCGACCAGGUCCCGCUCUGACGGCCUCGGCGAAGAAGGCCGCCCUCCCUGACCUCGGAGACCAGCCCCUGAACCGAGCCUCCCAGGAGAAAGGACAGAGGGGGGCGGCCGAGGAGG